UCCACAAUGGCUGGGUCUUUCCUUGCCUACGAGGAGCCUUCUAUCGUCCUGAUCCUGGUCCUGAUCUCGUUCUUCUUCUUCCUUUCUCUAGCAGAAUGGCUGUCGUCGAUCGUCUUCCGGGCUGGCAUUAUUGGACCCAUCAUCGUUGGUAUCAUUUAUGGUAUGCCUCUAGCCGACAUUUUGCUUGAGGUCUGGCAAGAGACCUUUCUCGCCAUCGGCUACAUCGGCCUUAUUCUCAUCAUCUUUGAGGGUGGCCUUACCACGCGUAUGGACCUUCUCAAGCAGAACUUCUUCUUGAGCAUGCUGGCUGCGACGACUGGUGUGGUUUUCCCAAUUGGCUUGUCCUAUCUCCUCCUCUACCUUGGCUUUGGAUAUGGAGCUGUCGAGACGUUCAUCAUUGGCGCUGCUCUUUCAACUACAAGUCUCGGAACUACGUUCGCCGUCAUAGGAGGCGCAUCCAAGGAUAUUGACCUUUCUCAAACGCGCAUCGGUGCAGUCUUGGUCAGUGCUGCAGUCAUCGAUGAUGUCUCUGGCCUGGUCAUGUCGAGUGUUAUCCAUGAUCUGGGAUCUCUAUCCGCCGGCGGAGAUGUCAAUCUCGGAUGGCUCAUUGGCAGACCAAUUCUAGCAUCCAUCUUGAUGGCAGGUUUGACGCCACUGCUCUGCAAAUAUGUCUUCGCGCCAGUCUUCCGCCGCUUCAUCGAACACCACUUCGCAAGAUACGAUCAUCUCUCCAAUGUCGUCCUUAUGGUACUGGUCCUUUGCGCCUUCAUCUCCAUCGCGGCGUACGCCGGUACAAGCGUAUUGUUUGGGGCUUUCCUCGCUGGCUCAUUCCUCACCUAUCUACCUUCCAAGCACCCUGAAGGACCUUUCGUAGUAUAUUCUCGGGAGCAUGGCGAACAAAACGAUGACAAGAGCCCCACUUUUGUCCACACCUUUGAAAAGUACUUCUCAGAUGUCCAGAAAUAUCUGAUGGAGCCGCUGUUCUUCGCAAGCAUUGGAUUCGCCAUCCCAUUCAUCGAUCUUUGGACCGGCUCCGCCAUUUGGCACGGUGUUGUGUACACUUUGUUGAUGCUUUUCGCAAAAGUCAUCGUCGGUAUCUGGGUCCCGCUAUGGGACGUGCUUACGAAGAAGAAGAACCAAGACGUAGCAACCUCGUCGCUUUCCAAAGCAGUUCCCCCUGCUGCUCUGCUCGGUGCCGCCAUGGUCGCUCGUGGUGAGAUUGGUCUGCUCAUCGUCGAGAUUGGGUACAAUUCAACACCAUACGUGAGCGAUGCGGGGUUUUACACUGCUGUCUGGGCCAUCUUGCUCAACACCAUCAUCGGUCCGAUGGUCGUCGGAAUCCUGAUCAAAUUCAGAGGCAAGGAGAUUGGUACCGGUCAUUGGGGAAUUCAAGAAACCGGUGGGCAAGGCGACAGUGAGAAAGCGCAAGCCAGCUCUCGCGAUCAGGCACUGGAAGAAGGAUCUGACAGCUCACAUCAAUAAUGAUAGAUCGUGCUGCAGCGGUCUAUACAGCAUGGUAAGUGAAGAACAAAUCAAAAUGUAUGUAGAUGAAUUAUAACAGACUUGUUUGCCCU